GUCCAAAUGUUGCUGCUUAUAAAUCACAGACACCUGUUACACCUGAUUUAGUCUGCAGCGCGUUUCCAUUAAUUCACCAUAAUAUUCAUCACCGACAUGAAGCAGUUUUUCUGAUGUCAUGACCUGCAGGACAGGACAGCAGAGAUCACUUCCAGACCUCCGCGACGUACCAAACCCGAUGGAUCAGCUAACUUUGAGUUGCAUGCUGUGACGUUCACGUGGACGGGAGAUGUGUAAGAUGGAGUCCAGCACAGAUUCAGACUCGGAGAUCAGUCCGAGGUGGUCGGACACCAGCACUCUGGGAUGUGUGAGCAGUGCACCAGAAAGCAGAACCUCACGCCGGGCAGUGUCAUUAACAUACAAGUCUGCAGGAAGACAUGCCGGCUGUUCCUUGUUUUUGGACCCAUACGAUGGGAGCUCAGAGGAUUCUGAUGAGUCAAACGGUGGUACCAGCAGGCAAAUGAGGAACCACCACGGUAAAGGAGGCGGAGGAGGAGACAGCCUCUCUGGCCAGAGAAGGCAGCUGUUUCUUCACCACUCUGCCUCUUUAACAGUCAGCGAAAUGGUGACAAACAGCAUGAGGGACUCUUCAAUACAUCAUCAGUCUGUAGUUCACAAAGACGCCAACGAAGUUCAGAUGAAAUAUGGAAGUGAUUCUGAGCUGUGGGACUGUGGACUUGCCAGUGAGGUGAAAGAAUGCAAGAGGACUCCAGAAGGAGGUGUCAGCUAUUCAACAAAGGACAUCCAUGCCAUGGAUGUAGAGGUGCAGCUUGAUGACUCGGGGUUGGACGGAACAAGAUCUCCUACAUGUGGCACAACCAGACUUCACACCUUAGAGGACAGGAGCUCAUCUCAGAUUCUGAGCAGCUGCUUGGAGAGAUCCCUCAGACCUCUCUGCAAGAGGAAAGCGUUUCCUCCUGGAGCAGAAUUAGUGGAGGCAGAGCCAAGAAAGAGACGAUGUGUCAAAAACAUGGAGGACGAACAAGAAGGAGCAGGAUAAACAAUGUUGGAAGCUUCUGGUCACUGCUGAUAAAUGCCAAAGACUCGUUCUGAAACGCAGGCUGUCUACUUGUGUAUUCUGGUUUAUUCAAACCUGUUAUGAUUUCCCAGGAACAUUGAGGUUUUUAUUUCUUCUAAAGGAUUUCUCAUAAAGUUUGAGUUCCUCCUGAUGUUAAAAUGCACUCGGUUGUUAAAGCUUGGAGGAAUUUUAUUCAUAAUUUGGUAAGAGAUUAAACUUCUGAAGCUUUAUUUCAUUCAUAUUGAGCAGAUAUGAAUUGAUAUUCUCCAGCAAGUGUUAAUAACUUGAGCUUUUAUGUUGUCUUGCAGUAAAACUAAACGUUUACAUUUCAUGGAGUCCUUUACAGCAGAAAAUAUGAAACGGCUCAACUAACAAUUAAAAGGUUCAACUGA